UAAUAAUAAAGAAAAGAAAAAGAAAGGAGGGUCUUUCUCCAUUGCCCGGGUUGGACUCCUAGGCUGAGGGGAUCCCUCUCCUUCCCAAUAGCUGGGGCUACAGGAGUGCACCACCACGCCCGCCUGGCUCAAUUCCUGCUCCUUUUGGUCUAUAAAGCGGACUGUGGCCGUGGGGCUCAUGCGAUAGAGUCACCAGCCACUGGAGCUUUACAGGAGAGAGUGGGAGGGGAGGCUCAGAGAGGUCACUCAGUACCCAAAGUGUGCCCAGACGGGCCCUAACUACGUGGCGUGACCUCAGGCGGGGCCAACUGAUCAAGGACACCGUGUCCCCACCCACCCUGACCGCUUCAGGGUAUGCUUAGGUGUCCGAACUCUUGUUCUCCAAAGAGAUUCAAACAGCCGCGAGACACCCCUAACGGUCUCCCGAGGCCGGGAUUGUCCGGAGCGGAAGCGGAGCCGCGCUUCCCAGGAGCGCGCCGAAGCGCACUGCGCAGCCGCGGUGGGAGGAGGCACCGGCCGCGCGGCGGGAGGAGGUGCUGGCCGAGUAGUGCAGACAGCGCCGGGAAGAUGAGCACGGCAGGUGGCGGCCGUCGCCGCCAGGCGCAAGUGUCCCGCCGCAUCUCCUUCAGCGCGAGCCACCGAUUGUACAGUAAAUUUCUGAGUGAUGAAGAAAACUUGAAAUUGUUUGGGAAAUGCAGCAAUCCAAAUGGCCAUGGGCACAAUUAUAAAGUUGUGGUGACAGUACAUGGAGAGAUUGACCCUGCUACGGGAAUGGUUAUGAAUUUGGCUGAUCUCAAAAAAUAUAUGGAGGAGGCAAUUAUGCAGCCCCUUGAUCAUAAGAAUCUGGAUAUGGAUGUGCCAUACUUUGCAGAUGUGGUGAGGCCUCUUCACAGAGCAUCUCCCAACAUGACGGCCUGCUUCAGCAGAGCAGGUAAGAGGGUAAGGGAGAGUGCCACCAUGAUCGAAGACAGUCAUUUGUAAGCGAAUCGCUUUUUCUGUAUUUUGCUCCUUUGAAGCAAGUGACUCCAUCCAGUCCAUACUCAGGGAGAGGGGAUUAGACAUAUAUUGCUAAUGUGCACAUUUUGAUGUGGAGAUACCAGGUGAUAAGACUGGAGAGGUAGGCAAUGAGUAUAUAUCAUGCCCUUUUUGAUGCCAGGGAAGUAAAGCACAUUUCAUUUCACAGGAGUGAAAUGUCAGAGCAGCAGCUGUUGUUUACAGUGGGAAUUGUGGAGUUUGUGGGUGGUAGAGGAGUAUAGAAAUCUUGGAAGCACAACUCUUGAAGUUAAAACCAAUUCUAAGGUGAGAAGUUAAAAAAUACCACCAUAUCUCUGUGAACAUAACGACCAGAGCUGAGCGAUCAUUUGUAUCACCUCAAUUGAUGUAGGAACUACCAGCGGAUUAUAAAAAUAGCCAGGAUGCUUUGAUCAAUUGUGUACAUGUGGCCACUAAUACAUUAGACCUAUGAUAAAUGAUCUGUUUGGCUUUUUAAACUCCAAACUUUUAAAUUCCCUCUGGAAUUGAAACUAUCUUAAAGAUAGGAAACAGAUUGUGCUCAUUUUGCUUUUGUUAUGUCUGGGAUAUUUCUAGCCUCCCUUGCACAUAGAAAAAUCAUUGUUGGUUUCACACAAUUUAACUUUAUAGCAAGGUUCUGCUGCAAGACACUUCUGGAAAGUGUCCCAGAUAAACACCGUUAAAGUCUCCACAUAGCUGCAGAGAGAACUGCUGUCGCCACAAAAGUAAGGGAAGGUGGUUCUUGCCCUGGAGAAUUUUCAAAGCAGCAUUUCCGCUUUCAAGUAGCUCAUCGGUUGGUUCUCUUCAAAAAUUGACUCACCCAUUUCCACCAGUGUUCUGCAACCAUU